AUAGAAAAAAAAAAUUCUAGAAUUAGCUUUUUUUUUUUUAAAUAACUGUUUUAUUGCCACCUUCCUCAUAAACAAAUGCGCACGAGUACUGUGGGGGCGGACUGAAGACAAAAAUCUGAAAUGAUAAAAAAAAUAUAUGACUAUUAAUAAUAAUAAUAAUUAAAAAAAAAAAACUUUAAAGGGAUCUGCCUGACAGAAACACAACUGAGUCAGAAGGGGGGAAACCGAGUUUAGUGCGAGUCGUUUGUCCCGUCCUUCUCUCGCUGAUGUCCUCGGGAGAAAGGUUGUCCCUCUCACCGUCUCUCACCACACGGUGGCCCCGUCACUCUCCUCCCGGACGCUCCUCCUCGCAUCCGCCACCGUAAAUCUCCACCUCCCUCCUCCACUACCUCCACCUCCUCGUCCUCCCUCCACUUCCAGCAGUGCCGCCGCGCCGAGCCUCCGCCGCCCCCAGCUCCUUCAGCCGCAGCAGCAGCAGCAGCGAACAUGCUCGGCGGCUUGUGUGCUCGUCGGCUGGCCCGCCGGUCUCGGUCCGCCCUGAUAGCGGCUCUGACGGUGCUGCUUGUGCAGACCCUGAUCGUGUGGAACUUCAGCAGCCUGGACUCCGGAGAGGACCGGGGGAACACGGGCUCCAGCGUGCGGGAGAAGCGGGACCGAGUGGCGGGCAACAAAGGCGCCGGCAGCGAGCACCUCCAGCAGCGGCAGCAGCGGCAGCAUCACCCGCUGCCGGGGAAGGGGACGUCUCGCCACAUACAGCAGCCGGAUGGAUAUUACUCUCACCGACCUAAAGAGAAAAGCAAGGUGGACAGCAACAAUGAGAAUUCCGUCCCUAAGGACUUUGAGAACAUUGACAAUAGUAACUUUGGCGCCCGGUCACAGCCUCAUCGACAGCCUGCGGGCGCCGGCGGCAGCAAGCAGCGCCAGAAUCAUCUGCAGGAGAAGCAGCAGCAGCAGCCAUCUUGGCGGGACACCUCCCUCAGUCUGAGCCACGGCUCCAAUGAAAUCCUCCCUGUCGGUCAGCAGCCUCUCGGGUUCGGCAACUUCUCCCGUCUAGGUGUCGCAGGCGGGGUGCGGCAGCACCACCGCGGCUCGCAGCGUCAACCGCAGUCACAGCACAGACAUCACCAUAAGAAGCCUGCGACCACGUCACCGCUGGAGGUCACCUACGACCAGCAGCCCAAGUGUGAGAUCAGUGGGAAGGAAGCGGUGUCUGCUUUGUCGAGGGCCAAAAGCAAGGAGUGCCGGCAACAGAUCGCUGAAGUCUACUGCCGGCACAAGGAAGGGAAGCUGAUGCCUGAGAAGGUCACUCGCCGCUGUCCUAUUGAGGGCAAAGCGAAUGCAAACGUCCAGUGGGACGAGGACUCGGGUGAGAGCCUUCCGUCGAACCCCGUCAGGAUAGCCUUCGUCUUGGUGGUCCACGGGCGAGCGUCCCGCCAGUUCCAGCGUCUCUUUAAAACCAUCUACCACUCGUCGCACUACUACUACAUUCAUGUGGAUCAGCGCUCCAACUACCUCCACAGACAGAUCCAGGCUUUAGCUGCUCAGUAUCCCAAUGUAAGGGUGACGCCAUGGCGCAUGGCCACCAUCUGGGGCGGGGCCAGCCUGCUCACCAUGUACCUGCGCAGUAUGGCCGACCUGUUGGCCAUGAGGGACUGGAGUUGGGAUUUCUUCAUCAACCUCAGUGCUGCCGACUAUCCGAUCAGGACCAACAACCAGCUGGUGUCCUUCCUGUCCAAAUACAGAGACAUGAACUUCAUCAAGUCCCACGGCAGAGACAACGCCCGGUUUAUCCGAAAGCAAGGUCUGGAUCGUCUCUUUUACGAGUGCGACACCCACAUGUGGCGGCUGGGCGAUCGUAAAAUCCCAGAAGGCAUCUCUGUCGACGGCGGCUCAGACUGGUUCCUUCUCAACCGCAUGUUUGUGGAGUAUGUCAUCAACUCCAAGGACGACCUGGUGACCAACAUGAAGCGCUUCUACGCCUACACGCUGCUUCCUGCAGAGUCCUUUUUCCACACUGUGCUGGAGAACAGCGCCUACUGUGAAAGCAUGGUGGACAACAACCUGCGCAUCACGAACUGGAACAGAAAACUGGGCUGCAAGUGCCAGUAUAAGCACAUCGUCGACUGGUGUGGAUGCUCCCCGAAUGAUUUCAAGCCUGUCGACUUCCACCGCUUUCAGCAAACAGUUCGACCCACCUUCUUCGCCAGGAAGUUUGAAGCCAGCGUCAACCAGGAGAUCAUCAACCAUCUGGAUGCUUACCUGUUUGGGCCAUUUCCAGCGGGAACCCCGGGCCUCAACUCUUACUGGGAAAACGUGUACGACGAGCCAGAUGGCGUCGCGAGUCUGUCUGACACGCAGCUCACCUACUAUCACGCCUUCUCGCGGCUUGGCUUGGCCAGAGCUGCCGGUUCACUCCAAGGAAACCCUCUGGAUAACAGCUGCAGGUAUUUCCCCAUGGGCCACCCGGUGUCGGUGCAUCUCUACUUCCAGGCAGAUCAGUUUCAGGGCUACCUGGUGAAGCACCACGCCACCAACCUGGCAACCAGCAAGCUGGAGACCAUGGAGACCUGGGUUGCUCCCAAAAAGAACUUUAAGCUGACGUCCCCUCCCACCAGCUCUUUCAGCAGGUUGCAGUUUGCAGAGAUCGGCACAGAGUGGGACGCAAAGGAGCGCAUGUUCAGGAACUUUGGUGGCCUGAUGGGCCCCAUGGAAGAGACCGUAGGCAUGCAGAAGUGGGCCAAGGGACCCAACGUCACCGUUACGGUCGUCUGGAUUGACCCCACCAACGUCAUCGCGGCGACUUACGAUAUUUUAAUCGAUGCCAGUGCAGAGUUCACCCACUACCGCCCACCUCUGAACCAACCUCUGCGACCAGGCGUGUGGAGCGUCCGCAUCUUGCACCAUUGGAGCCCCGUGGCAGAGAUGCGCUUUCUCAUCACACCCUUGGCUUACAACAAACGCCAGCCCAUACGACAAGAGGACACUCUCAAGCUCCACAACGGUCCAGCAAAGAAUGGCUACAUGGAGCAAAGCUUUCACGGCCUUAACCCGGUGCUCAACAUCCCGGUCAGUCUGGGCUACGUAGAACAGGCCAAGAGGAACGCGGCGCUGACCGGCCCAGAACUGGAGCACUGGAUAGACAGCCUGGUGGGCGAGAUGUGGGAGGCGGCUGACGUGUGCACCGUCGGCUCCACCGCCUGCCCGGUGAUGCAGGCCUGCCCCAAAAACCCCUGGAGCUCGCUGAGUCCUGACCCCAAAUCCCAGUACGGACCGCCACGUGCUGACGGGCGCAUCAGGUAGCAACGAGGCCUCCAGCUGGACGGGAGGCCGAGUUUCAGGCGAAACACUGGUGGUCUUUAUUUAUUCCCAGGUGUUGUCACGGGGAAGAUGGAGUUGGGAGGGGAACGCAGUAUUUAUCUUGAGGAUGAAGCCUACAGAUGUGUAUUGAUUUCAUGUGAGAAAAGAGCAGCUUUGAUGUUUUAUUAUGAAAAACACCAGGACCUUACGCUACAUCGCCUGUUUUUUUUUUCUCCAUGAAAACUGAUUAAAAAUUCUUUUUCUUUUCCUCACAUGAAGGCAAUACGCAUCUGCAGCAGGAGUCUGGGUCCCAGCUCCUCCAUUUUGGGGACGACGCCGUCUUUGCUGUUUCUCAGUGUAUUUAUUUUUCUGCUUUUGGAAGUUCUACUGUGAUCAAACGUUGCAAUUUUCAAGCAUUUAUUUUGCUGCUAAGUGAAUUAUGAAGUUGUUUCUUGUUUGAGAGCGGGACACUUAAGCCGUGUGAAGUUCUGCUCCCCCAAAAAAAAAAAAAAAAAAAAGGCCUUACCUGCUAGACAAGCGUGAAAGGAAGCCUGAAGAACCUGACGUGCCUCUUGAGGUUUAUGUCCAAACAGCAUACAAGUGGAACGUGACUUGUAAGCAACAAUAUUUCCCAAGAAAGAUGAGUAUUCAAUGCUUAAUCACAGCCUUUUCAAACGUUUUAAACAAGUCUAUUGAUGAUUCAGAGACCUUAAUUCAGUGGUUUAGAAGAGGGAAGAAAAAAAAAAAAAAACGACUUGUCGGUUCAGUGCCUGAUCCUGUAGUGGAACUGACGCAGCAGAACUUUACCAUCUGCUGCAUUUUCACAACAAGAGAGAGAGAGAUAGGAAUAGGAAGUCUAACAUAGAUAUUAGAGAUGAUAUUAGACAAGACAUGUUGAAAGUAUUCUGCCAUGCAACAUCUCAGUCAGUCAGUGGGGACAUUUAGAACGGACGUUUCUGAACUGCCUCAAAAUCAUUUUUUCUUCUGCGUCUCGUCAUUGUAGUCUCUUUAUGUUUUGUGUGUAGAAAAAAAUGUGAGUGACAGGUCCCUGACUCUAUUUAUUUAUUUUAAUAUUGGUAUUUUUAGUCAAUGACUAAAUAACUGCGACGCUGCCUUGGCAGCAUGAUAAAUAUUUUUUUGUAAAGAGAGCCGCCUUUAUUUACAAAGGCCAACACCCCAAACCUAUACUGCAACCUUUUUUACGGCCUGCACCUGCGUGCGAGUCCGCGUCGUCCUGUCUGAAUAGAGCUGCUUGUCUCUGUAUUCUCUUUGCCGAGCGCUUCCCAAGAGAGGGCGGCCGCGAGCUGUGAGGUCAAAGGUCGGCUACCUGACAGCCUGAGCAAACAGAGAAGGUGGACAAACAGAUGAAUGCCUCUUCAUUACGUAACCUCACAGUCCAAAGGAGAAAUUCUCUUUCUUUUUGCCGCUUGUCUUCUUUUAUUUUUUUUAGUUCUGCUUGACAACACAUUCAAUAUAAGGUAGUGUACACUCGUUCUUUUUAACAGUGACAGUUUGUAAAAAAUUAGGUGAGCCUGAGUUGAAAUUAUUAAUAUUAUGUUUGCCUCAUUUUAUUUCCUGAAGCACCAGACGUGUCGGAUUUGAGCACAAAACGGAGCACAGAUGCCAGACAGGAGACUGAACGUACAAAACAGCGCUUGUCCUACAACAUUUGUUUGGCUUCUAGUGCGAUUUUAAGCAAUUUCAUGUUGUUGCAUCCCUGGUUUUCAUUCUGUAGGAAAGAGCUGAUCGGAUCUGGGAUGAAACUUUUUGCCUCGAUUUUGAGUUUAACAUUAAAACAUGAGUCAUCUGGCGCUAAACGGGAUUCAAUUUGGGGCUGUCAGAAGCGUUUAGCCACAAUGAGAGCAGAGUGAGUUUGUUUUCAGAGGCGUAUUACCGACGAUAAAUGUCACCUUCCCUCUCGGAUGAGUCUAUUCUGGUAGUCCACACUUCUUACUGUUCCUCACUGCUGCCAUAUUUUUUUACUUCAAUCUGAAUUUGUUUGAUUGAAAUGAACUUCUUACUAUGUGGAAUUUGCGACAGCAAACAAGUGGGUCUUAAGCUGAAACACUGAGACGGAACAAAUAACAAAAGUGAUCGUGAAGAGCGAGUGGGGGGGCAGUGUUCAAGUGGACCCCGAUGGUCACAUGUGCAGUGGCGGUUUGGGAUACAAUGUCAAUAAAUAGAUGUAACUCAAUGUGAAAGUCCUAUUUUAUAACAAAAUAAUCGACAAAGUCAGAUGUACAUAAGUAUUUUGUAUGAACCAUUGUAUAAGAUAUUGUAACUGUAAAUACAAAUGUGAUGAAAUUAAAUAUUAUGGAGUUUUCCAAGUGUCAAUCAAACUGGGCACCGAGAGUGAUUUUAUGGUGUGUGUUGAUGGAAGUAUUAUAACCUGUUUCAGUGUUUCUGGCCUGCCGUGCGGACGACCUUGUCAUAUUCACCUCCCGGGGAAAAUCUCACGCCAGAUUGUUGUUCUCGCUGGAAUGUAUCGUCGAGCAACUGUUGCACAAAUUCCUCCGAAGUAUUCCCGCCCAAAUAUUGUUUCUAUUCUCUGGGAGGCUCUGUGUGCCUUAGCAGACCUUUAGAACCUUCGCGGUGACAGACUUUGUUAUCUGUUUUGACUUGAUGUGAAGAAAGACUGGUGACUCACUGGUACUGCAACACAUGUUGUGCUGUUGUGUAUAUAUACGUACAUAUAUACAGAUAUAUAUCAUCAGGCCUUCUGUCUUUAUCUGCUUUUUAUUCUUUUCUUUCCUUUGGGAAAUUUGUUUUGGUGUACAUGGCGGGCUUGUUUUUCUUCUC